GGACCGAUAACUUUUGUAAUGUAAAUGGAGUUUUCCUAUUUAAAUACACCAAAGAGACUCUCACCACAGAGUACUCUCUCAAGCAAAACACAUUACCACCUCUCUCUCCCUCUCCACCAUGGAUACCGCAACCACCACAUGCUCCUCCGUUGAUCUCGCUGCUCUCCUCUCCUCUUCUUCUAACUCAACUUCUUCCCUCGCUGCAGCAACCUUUCUAUGCUCUCAAUUCUCCAACAUCUCCAACAAACUCUCCGACACAACCUAUGCCGUCGACAGCACGUAUCUCCUCUUCUCCGCCUACCUUGUCUUUGCUAUGCAGCUCGGGUUCGCUAUGCUUUGUGCUGGCUCAGUCCGAGCCAAGAACACUAUGAACAUCAUGCUUACUAAUGUCCUUGACGCUGCGGCUGGAGCCAUCUCUUACUACCUCUUCGGAUUCGCAUUUGCCUUUGGUACACCUUCCAACGGCUUUAUUGGCCGCCAUCAUAGCUUCUUUGCCUUAAGCUCUUACCCUGAACGUUCCGGUUCCGACUUCAGCUUUUUUCUUUACCAAUGGGCUUUUGCCAUAGCCGCAGCCGGAAUCACUAGUGGCUCUAUUGCUGAGCGAACACAAUUUGUUGCUUACCUUAUCUACUCUACUUUCUUGACCGGUUUUGUUUACCCGACAGUCUCGCACUGGUUCUGGUCGAGUGAUGGUUGGGCUAGCGCGUCCCGAUCUGACAACAAUCUCUUGUUUGGGUCAGGUGCUAUUGAUUUUGCAGGUUCAGGAGUUGUUCACAUGGUAGGUGGAAUUGCCGGUCUAUGGGGAGCAUUAGUUGAAGGACCACGAAUAGGUCGAUUUGACCGGUCAGGACGGUCUGUAGCUUUACGUGGUCACAGUGCAUCUCUUGUCGUUCUUGGUACUUUCUUGUUAUGGUUUGGAUGGUACGGGUUUAACCCUGGUUCCUUUUUAACCAUACUAAAAGGCUACGACAAAUCCCGGCCAUAUUAUGGUCAAUGGAGCGCUGUAGGUCGCACCGCUGUCACUACAACCCUUUCCGGCUGUACGGCUGCGUUGACCACUUUAUUCAGUAAACGUCUCUUAGCAGGCCAUUGGAAUGUCAUUGACGUAUGCAACGGACUUUUAGGCGGAUUCGCAGCUAUAACCUCGGGAUGCGCGGUGGUAGAGCCGUGGGCUGCUAUAGUAUGUGGCUUUGUGGCAUCAUGGGUUUUGAUAGGAUUUAACUUGCUAGCCAAGAAACUUAAAUACGAUGACCCACUUGAGGCCGCUCAGCUCCAUGGAGGAUGUGGAGCAUGGGGAUUGAUUUUCACCGGGCUUUUCGCUACCAAAAGAUACGUCAACGAGGUGUACACCGGUGAUAGGCCAUAUGGACUGUUGAUGGGCGGUGGAGGAAAACUACUUGCGGCACAGAUCGUUCAGAUCAUUGUGAUCGUUGGGUGGGUGACCGUAACGAUGGGACCUUUGUUUUAUGGGUUACAUAAGAUGAAUCUUUUGAGGAUAUCAGCUGAGGAUGAAAUGGCAGGGAUGGACAUGACACGUCAUGGAGGAUUUGCGUACGCAUACAAUGACGAAGACGACGUGUCGACUAAACCUUGGGGCCAUAUGGCUGGACGAGUGGAACCUACUAGCCGGAGCUCGACGCCUACACCGACCUUGACUGUUUGAUAGGAGAAUUAUAUUGAGUGGUCCCAAACGAGUGAGUUUUUUUUUAAUAUGUGGUGAAGACAAACGAGUUCGGGUACCAAACGUGUUGGACGAAUCUUUGUGUAUUUUGUCUCUUUUCUUUACUUUUUUUUUUUUUUUUUUUUUUUUCUGUGGCUUGCUUUGGUGUGGAACGUUUAACAAUAACAUGAUUAGUCUCUCUUUAAAUUAAUAUGAAGUUAACGUUUCUUAAUCAAAAUUAAACCUUGGAAUAAAAUCCGUUUUUUAACUGCC